AUGAACCCUGGCCCUGAGCUCCCCAGCCCAUCGCUUGCGACGGAAACUGUUGCCCAGCACCUGGAUUUCAGGAGCGUUGCUGAAACUCACAUUGCUUCCAAAAUCCUGUGGCAUUGCAUCAAGGUUGUGAAUGCGAUUCGCGAGGAAAACGGUGGUGCAUCCCUAUGCAUCUUCAAGAUUGGGCUUACUUCCAACCCCAUACAAAGGCGAGACAGCUACAUGGCCCAAAACUUUAAGAAGUUUGUCAUCUUGCACAAGGUGUGCCGACCAGAGCUUCUGGGUAUGGUAGAGAUGUUAGAAGCAGCGCUUAUCGCCGAGUUCUAUGACAAUGGCCGCUGCUGCCGAAACAAGCAAGGUGGAGGUGAGAGCAUGCGACGGAAUGACUUCAUGCCUCGAUUUCCUCCUCCCUAUUAUGCGUAUUGCGUCACCGCGAAAAGCAUCGUGAUCGACGCCGAAGCCGCUGCUCGCCGAGAUCCUUGCGCCAUUCUGGCUCGCAUUGCGCAGAUAAAAAAAUCAAGCGCUGACAUCCCGCUCUUCAAGGUUUUUCGGGAACAUGGGCUCGUACUGCCUGUCAACUUCAGCUACGCAAAGGUGGGCAAAACCGAGCGCUACCCAUACAUCAAACCUAGCCAUUUGCUGGAGGUUGUGGGUGAGGACUACUUACACAAAGUACUUGGGGUGCCUGUUCACUUAGCUGAAAACUCUCUUGUCAACUUCUGGGAGAAGUUUCGUGGACUACAUCCUCAACAUCAGGUUUUCCAACAGUACUUCAGUCUAGAAUCCCUGGUGCCAUUUUAUCUCCACGGAGAUGGUGGCACAGGGUACAAGAAGGAGUCUGUUGAAAUCUUAUCAAUGUUGCCAGCUCUUGGGGCCGGUUCCAAGAAGCGUCCUGUGGAUCUAGGCCGCAAGAGAAAAUCCAAUGAUGAUGAGUUGCAUGGCAUGAACCUACGCGGAAACAGUGGUGCCACGCGCUUUCUCUUCACGGUGUUGAGUAGCCUGGUUUUGAAAAAAGACAAGGGUAUGUUUGAUGACCUCAUGUUAUUAUGGGGUCAGGAACUACAUGCCCUUCUUGCUGACGGUUUUCAGGCACACGGAAAGCGCUGGCAUGUUGUGAUUUUAGGCUUUACAGGUGACUCGCCGUAUGCCAAAAAGAUCGGCGACUUCAGUCGUUCGUUCAACAAUGUACGGAAAACACAUUCCUCGAAAAGACGGCAAAAAGGGUGUUGCUGGCUAUGUCACGCUGGCUACGAAUUUGAGGAUGUGCACAUUCCCUUUGAGCACUUGGGCUUCAGCAGCCCCCUUUGGUUGCAGACGCGAAAGCUGCAGAAUCCUUUGCCUUGGGAAGGGGAGGGGGGCGCUUUGCUGCAUUACAUGUUGAUGGAUUCUGCUGACACGCCAGCAGCCUUCUUUCGCCCAGACUUCUUCCACGUGUAUUGGGCAGGGGUAGGCAAGGAUUUCGCCGCCAGCGCAUUGAUUUAUUCCAUGAAGAAGCUCUACGGCUUGGGCAGUGUGGCAAAAGACUUAGCAGCUUUGAAUGAAGAAUUACGACUUUGGAUGAGGUCCCAAAAGUCAAAGUUGCAUUGUGGCUCUCUGACCGAGGACCUGCUUGGCUACAACGGUUCCCGUGAGUAUCCCGAAGGCAAGUGGAACAAGGGCAGUGACACUGCCGUUGUCAUGAAAUUCGUGGUUCACCUGCUUCAGAAAAAUGAGUUUAGAGAUCAGGUUGCAGGUGAUGGGAUUUUGCAAAAGAUCUUAGAAUCUGCGCUCCAAAUGGGCAGUGUCUUGCGAACGUGCUUCAUGGCUGACUACUUUCUCUCGGACGAGCAGUGCCAAGUCAUCAUCAACGCGGGGCACUUGUUUCUGAUGGGAUAUGCUUCGCUGGUAUCAAUGUGCUACAAACAGAGCCUUUGCUUAUUUAAGCUCCGCCCAAAAAUCCAUUACCUGAACCACAUCUUCUUGCGUGUCCUAGAUGAGUGGACUCUUGCUGGCACAGCCGUAAACCCAUGCGCUGAAGCCACCUUCAUGUCUGAAGAUUUCGUUGGCCGGACAGCUAGACUCACCAGACGUGUGGAUCCCCGGGCCAUUGCCCAAAAGACUCUCCAAAGAUAUCUUUGCUGGAUGGAGACUGCGUUGGACAAGGAUCUGGUCCCAAAUCUGGACUUCGGAGACUGA